AUGACAGGAUCCGUGCCGAAAGUCUUGAAGCUUGCAGAAUGGACUUUAAGACCAUCAAACCGGGAUGAAAAUGGAAGAGCUUCUGUUCUUGGACGCGUGCAAACUGUCUUUCGCAUUCUUGUCAUGGGUUUACCUCUUCAGCUCAUGCUCGCCUUACCAUUAACAUCUUCUUGGGAUGAUGGCGAUAUCGACGGCCAAUACACAGAGUUCCCAGGAAACUACUGGAAAUGGCCCAAGCAUGCCAUCAAUCCCCUUGAUAUGAAGCCAGCUCCAUUUCCGACCGAAGUGAAGAAGAAAGGUCCUACAUCAAGAACACGAUUAUUACGUCCUCGUCAAUUGAUUAUUCUUAAGGAUGGAGAGUGGGUGCUCGACCCAAAUCCGGAAAUGGGCAUCUCAUACCUUUUCAUUAGCUAUGCGAACAUGCAUUUCCACACAGACGAUUCGGAGGCUGGACGAAAAAUGAUUUCGGACAUGGCAGAGUAUUCCAUCCUCAAAGCAGGAAAGACAGCAUACUGGCUGGAUUAUCGAUGCAGAGCUCCAAAGCCAGGACCCGAACUCGAUCGACACGUGUACAGAAUGUGCGACGUGAUAAGGGGAGCACACCAAGUUGUUGUCAUGCUCAAAGGAGAUGAACUCAAACUGAAACAAGAAUGGGGCUCCAGAAUGUGGACCUUACCCGAAGGACUUCUUGCAGCAGGAAACAACAUUUAUUUCUGCACGCCCGAGUCGAACUCUUUCAAGAUUGUCUCCAUGAUUAAAAUAGAGAUGAGCGGAUCAGUCUGGGAAGAUCCAGAAGUUGAUGACGAAGAUGGACCAACCCGACUUCUUGCGGAGCAUUUCACCGGUAUCCUCACUCUAUCCCGUCUCGAAAUCCUCUCAAAUGCCAUCGCAGCAACAGGAAACCGAUACGACGAAACUAAAGUCUGGCUACGAGGAGAUAUGGCCUACGCCCUAAUGGGACUUCUCCACUAUCGCAUCGAAAAAGAUGCCGACGACACGACCUUCCAAGCUAUUGCCCGUCUCUCACUCGCUAACGACAAUGAUCGCCUGAUAGAGCGUAUGGUCUGUCUAUAUCCCAACCAACAUACUCCUCAGAAAUCUGCGUUCAUGAAAUUUGCUCAGCCAGAUCUUUACAGCACCCACCUAUAGGAUAUCGAACCACUUUGCCAGGUUGUUGGAGUAGGAAACGAAGAUAACACAGUCAUCUUAGAUAAUACGCGAGCAAUGCACAUUCGAUGGAAAAACUUCCCUCGCAUGUCAGUCAUCCGCCAUUAUGGCAUGAAGAAACUUCUUGCUGAGCCAUUCGUAAGAAGUGGCGCAUGGGUAAGUGUUCUUCAAUUUCAUACAGAUUUAGUAGCUCGAGCUCUAGUAAUUUUUAACCCUCAAUUGUUGUUCUAAAAGUUCCGAACAAUUAUCUGGGCGGAUACAAUCAUGGGGUAGCACGGUAUUCCUCGUUUGUCUUGAACACGGUAUUACUUGAGGAUAGCCAGAGUACGUACAGUGUAUCUAGCAUCCAACACACACAAACUUCUUUCAAUUCUCAGAAACAGCAAUACUAACACCAAGCUUUUCCACAGCCCUUCAUCUUCGCCAUCCAACUCGCCAUAACCUACGCCCCCUUCUUCCUCCAAACCGAAGAACUCGGCAAAGAAAAAGUAAUCUUCAGUCUCUCCAUGCUCGUAGCCGGCUUCUUCGCCGCAGGCAUCCUCCUCUCCUUCGUAGGCCCCUACUCCGUCCGCAGCCUCUACGGCGGCCAAGUCCAAAAAAGCACCCCGAACCUCGUCGACUUCGAAGGCGUGCUUCCACUCCGCGAACUCGAGCCCUUGGUAUUUGGCAACAACUCGGGACGCUUAUCAUACGCACCAUCCUCCACACCCUUCGCGCUCGACUUCCGCAACGAAAAGGAGAGGAUUGGAAAUGAGCCUACGUGGAUAGCAUCCAAUAAUCCUGAGGAUGUUGAGGAGAUGGAGAAACGUUUGCCGAAGGGGCAUCAGCUUUUUACGCUGGUGGAUACGGGGAGCUUGACGGUUUCGGUUUUUCAUGCGGAGAGGCCGCCGACUGUGGCGUUGAUUUGUGGACGGGAAGGGGGGAUUUUGAGGGUGGUGCUUUGUAGUUGGCGGUUUGCGAAUGAUUGUCUGGUUAAAGAGGCGGUGAUGAGAAUGCCGAGUGAGGUUUACGAGGCUGCGGUUUCGAAGGGGUGGUUGAAGAUUUCUUUAGGGGAUGCGAGGAAGAAACCUGUCGUAUAAUCUGUACAGUACACGAUAUGUAUCAUGAAGUAUCUGUAGUAAUGGCAA